GACCAGCAGGACGUAACCAGCAACUUCCUGGGUGCCAUGUGGCUCAUCUCCAUCACCUUUCUCUCCAUUGGCUAUGGCGACAUGGUCCCGCACACCUACUGCGGGAAGGGUGUCUGCCUGCUCACCGGCAUCAUGGGUGCUGGCUGCACGGCACUGGUGGUGGCCGUGGUGGCCAGGAAGCUAGAGCUCACCAAAGCCGAGAAACACGUCCACAACUUCAUGAUGGACACGCAGCUGACGAAGCGGAUCAAGAACGCGGCGGCCAAUGUCCUGCGGGAAACGUGGCUCAUCUAUAAGCACACCAAGCUGCUGAAGAAGAUCGACCAUGCCAAAGUCAGGAAGCAUCAGAGGAAGUUCCUACAAGCCAUUCACCAGUUGCGGAGUGUGAAGAUGGAGCAGAGGAAGUUAAGCGACCAAGCCAACACCCUGGUCGACCUCUCGAAGAUGCAGAACGUGAUGUACGACCUCAUAACCGAGCUCAAUGACCGCAGCGAGGACCUGGAGAAGCAGAUCGGCAGCCUGGAGUCCAAGCUGGAGCAGCUCAGCGCUAGCUUCAAC